AUGAAAACAAAGAAUCAAUUUUGUACAUUUCCAGAUUGCACCAAAUCGUACACUUGUGCAUCAAAGUUGAGGGACCACAUGAACGUCCACAGCUGCAUCAAGCCAUACGGGUGUAACAUGUGUCACAAGACGUAUUGCAGCAAGAAAGCACUCGAUGUCCACAUCAAGACACACGAUGGAUACCAGUACAGCUGUAAAGAGUGUUCUACGACAUUCUUACACAAACACACGUACAAGAAACACAGGUGUAGUAAGCAGUACACCUGUAUAAAGUGUAAUAAGAAGUAUGAGAGAGAAAAGAUGCUAAGGAAGCAUGAGAGUGUUUGUGGCACGAAUUUAAGUUGGAAUAGCAGUGAAAGUGAAGAGGAGUCAUCAGUAGCAGUUGUGACUACAAAAAUACCCUGUGAAAUUUGUGAGUGUCUCUUUAAAACGGCCAAAACACUCAAAGAGCACCAGAAGGCAAUUCAUGAGGGAGUUACUCAGAAGUGCCAAUACUGCGGCAAGGAGUACAGGCACAGCAGUGGCCUAAGCAAGCACCUUGGUUCCUGUAGGGACAAACACGUCGUGAACGAGUGA